AUGAGCAGAAGCAGCACAGCAUCAGAGAGCAGCCCCUGCCAGGCCUUCGAGCAAAGCCAGUAUUACGUGUACGAAGUGUCCGAUGGCAGCACUGCCGAGCGGCCCAGGCAGAUCUGCCCGUACAUGGUCAUCGCCUGCCAGUACAGGGAGCCGAAGGAAAUGCCCGUCUUAGCUAUAGAGAGCCUACCUGAGCUUAAUCACAAAGCGUUGUACUGUCCAUGGAGGGGGCAGCUCUCCAUCCGGGGCCAGCUCUUGUGCAACAUCGCCCUGAGGACCCCGUACAGCUCCACAAUUCCAGCCCAGCUGCCUCCCAACCUGGACAUUAACUAUGUCAUGGGUUUGUCCGACUUGAAGAAAAAGCUACCGGAAGCUGCAUUUGGGAAAAGAAAUUACAUUGAGAAUGAAGUCUGCUUUCAGGGUGUUUACUUCAGCCUGUAUGAAGUAGAAAUAUCAAAUAAGGAUCAAUAUAAAAUGGAUCAGUUAGUAGAAAAUUUGAAGGACAAGGACUUGGCAAUCAUCAAAUAUUUGCAAGAUCAAGGAGUCCUUAUUCUCCUCACGUCCUCUGCCUUGGCGCGAGACGAUGGUUUUGACCCUAAGGAGCCCGUCAGCCUCCUGGCCCUGUUUCUGUUCACCUCGUCCCGGUCGGUGUGCCUGAGAGCUCUCCAGGCGUUUCUGGACAUUGAAGGGACACUGCUGUACCAAGCAGAGCCUACUUCCGCGGUGACAUCUGCGAAGGCGGGCACCGUCAAGCCCUGGGACUCGUUUGUAAAAUGCUCAGAGCAAUACUUCUCCCAGCUGCAGCGUUACCUCUCCGAUCCCAGCGGCUACACUCUGGAAAUGUCGGCUGCCUUAGGAUCCAAUUUGCAGUUUCCUCACAGAAGGAAAAGAGGUGCGGAGGUCCUGUCUGCAGAAUUUGUGCACAAAACACAGUCUGAACCUGACCAGAAGAAAACCUCAGCUCGCGACGAUCCUGGCUUGGAAACAAAGAGACCAAAGACACUGAAGAGCCCAGACAUCAAAAAGGUUCCUGUUGCUGAGACUGUCACGAAGCCAGGGAAAAGCAAGACGCUAAGAAGUGUGGCUAACAGCCCAUCGAAACCUCAAGCCAAAAAGCAAGCAGAAAGUGAGUGGAAGGAGCCAUUCUCUGUCCUCCCGAGCGAAGUUUCUUCCCAGUGCCACGGAGCGGAUGGCCAAACGAGCGAGUUUUACCCAGGCGGGGUUGCUGAUCUCGGUUUCGAUCUGAAGGGGAAUGACUACGAGUCCCACGCCUUGAACUUGCUGGCUGAUCUGGCUCUGGGGUCUUGUGUUCCUUCGUUUAUCCCCAGGGACAGCGGGAUCGUCGCUGUGUCCUGCAGCCCCUCCGGCGACUCUGCAAAGGAGCAGCAGAGUCACCGCAAGCACAAAUCCUUACGAGUUGCUUCUGACCACGAAUACCACAGGGUGGACAACCCUGGGAUUUUCAGCAAGAAGAACAGUGCGAGCCCCAGCCCUGCAAAACCCCAAGCGUUGCCUCCAAGAGAGACUCAAGAAGCCGCCGAGGUGAACAAGCACUCCUUCAUCUCUGUUGAGCACUCGUACGCCUCGCAGAUGCCUGAGCACUCAAAGAAACACUUGUAUCCCAGAGGUGCUCCCUACCCCGGACCAGCACCCUCCAGAAACGGAACCAGGAACGCCCGAGCAGGACCUUUGGUUGGGAAAGUCCUGCCUUUCCGCCACCAGCAGAACAGCACCCACCACCAGCGGCCCUUCGAGGCUGUGACGACGAAGCGCAGGAGCAGCCUGCUCUGCCCCAGACUGAAGGAGGACUUUGCCAAGUCCCACGCGGUGAACGUCUGCGGCGAGUCCCUGAAGGUGACGUGCCACUGGGAGGCAGAGUAUCUCUUCAAUCUGGACAGCAGGUACACCAAUGAUGCCCUGGAGAAAACAGUCAUCCGCGCCCUGCACGGGCCCUGGGAUCCUGACCUGCCCGACGACGUGGAAGAGAUGAAGCUGAUACUUCAUAUGUGGGUGGCUCUCUUCUACAGCAAACCCAGCAAGCUCCUGAGCAGCACGAGGAAGGUGGUGGAGCACAGCAACCCCAAGAAGUAUGUCUCAAUAACCAGCACUGGGGACUUCCUUGAGCUGAGUGAUGAUGGUGAGGACAGUUUUGGCUUGGAGACGUGCCCUGCAGACUCUCGCUCAGACCCUGACCAGACUCCCAGCAGCUCUCUGGAUCGCAGCACACGUUGGCAGGGACCCUUCCGCCCAGAGGAGAAUGCUGCAGACUCUCAGACUGAUGCUGAUGGGACUCCUGGUGUUGUCGAUAGCACGGUAUCGUCUUCUUCAGGGGAGCUGCCCUACGGGGAGGAGGAGCCUUCCUCCACAAGCUGUUCCGAAAGCCUUUCCCUCAUUGAACAUGCGGAUGAGAGCCUGGCUGUGAAAAACAGGCAUCCAGUGUUUGCUCCUGAGGAGUGUGCGCAUGACGUCUCGACCGUCACUGUGGAGGAGCUGCCCAAGGAGGGACUGCCGGACGCUACGAUCGCCCCCAGCCCUUCUGAUGAGCUCGGCGACGCUGACCCCCCGGCGCCUGCCGGGAGCGAAGCUGCUGGCCCAGCUGGCCUCGAGUCGUCGUGCGGCCAGGGACUGUCACCGACUUUGUCCCCUGACUCCAGCUCUGUCUGCCUCGCAUCUCCUGAUGGAGCAACAGACCCGGGGGCCGCUCCCGAGGAGCAGGAGGGCAUGGCAAGCAUCCAGUCUUCAUCCCAGGGCGACCUGGGAGGGAGCAGCUGCCUUUCCCGAAGGUGUGGAGGCGACGUUUAUGCCGACCUCACUUUUCUGAGCACUGGUGAAUCAAACCAAGAAGGGAACAAGGUUUUGGUGGAAGAACAGCCUAGCAGCCCUUCUGCCAACCACACAGACGUGCUGGAUGAGUCCUCGGGAGCGGGUGAUGGGCAGGGCUUUGCCUUCGACUGUACGGCCUUAGCAGGUGACUCUGAAGCUGGGGAGAGCGAUGCUGUGUGCCUCAGCGCAGAGAAGUCCCCCGGGAGCGACAAAACUAACACAGCGAUGGUGGCUAACGCACCGCAGGAGCCGGAGACCCCUCUUCAUCACCUCCUGCAAUCGGAGCCCUCCUCCUCGGUGGCACAGGAGGUGUCUGCCAUGAAGGAGCAUCCCGAGCAGCAGCAGAGCUCCCCAGACAGCCUGUCCCCACCUGCCCACGCAGGCUCGGCUCCUGCAUCUCCCCACCAGCAGGACCCUCUCCCCCGUGGCGGAGACGCAGACCCCCCCCACCACUUGUUAGAGCGGAAGGAGCAGGGUCCAGCCCUGUGCCCAAACGGGAAGCCCUGCGAGCAGGUAGGUGCUGCAGCAGUGAGUGUGGCUGCUGAGAGGCUGGAUGGCUCCUUAAAGCCCAGAUGUGCAGAAGAGGUGAAAAAAGACAUGGGUCCGUGCCAUGCAGAGCCAGCGGCGAGCUCCCCCGCAGAUGUGCUUGUGCCAGGUGACGCGGGAUCGAUGCCUUCUCCUCCUCUGCAUGGUCACAAGGCAGGUCUGCACGGUGCCGAGCCGGACUCGGUCCUCAGUGUGCACCCCGAGACGCUCUCUCCUGGCACGAGUCUGGCUCCGGAUGGUGACCCGUGGUCCUGCUGCGUGGGCACCUGCUCUGGGUGUGCCAGCCCUGGGGACCAAGCAGCAGAUGUGGUAGGGAGCCGUGAGGAGGAACCCGUCCUGCCUGAGGGUUCAGGAGGAAGCAGUGUUCCUCUUGCCAGUCCUGCGUCAUCUUCAGCAGGGGAGUUGCUCCUGCCGCCGUGUGAGCCCCAGUCUGUGUGCAGCCGGGGUGAGCACGAGGACGAGGGAUCCGAUACGUUUGCUGAUCUGCAUCGUGCCGGUGUGGAGGUGGGAGAGGGAGAAAUCCCCACUCUCCCCUUCCCCAUGUCACCUUUACAUGCACACAGGGGGCUCUCUGGAGAAAGCCUGGAGCUUAGCGACGCUGAGGAUAUUUCAGAUGUGCUCCUGAGGGCAGAGAAGCUCUGCAACAAAGACAGACACACGGGCUUGACCUUUGAAGAUCUGUCUGAGUCUUUUUCCAGCGACUCAGACCAGGAGUGUUUUGGGGGGACUUCACAGUCCCUGCUUAUGGCCAGAGGUUCCUACAGCGUGAGAUCCAUGGAUGCCGCAGGCACGAGGACUCGCUGCGACUCCUCCUCCGUCAGCUCGGUGCACACGGAGGGGAGCAGCAAGGACUGGGGCUCGGAGCCGGAGCGGUGGUGGCCGAUCGGCCCGGGGGAAUCUGGCAGCGGUCACGUUCCACCGUAUGUCAGUAUUAGGGACAGCCAGGGGAUCGCCAAGGACUACCAGAACUUCACAGUCACCAAAAGGUACCAGGAGAGGAUGGGAAAUUUGCAGCUUUCGAAGAGGCGCAGCUGCUGUGCUGGGCAGUCUCAUUUGUUGAGGUCACUGAGAGGGACUUGGAGGGGUUUUGAGGAAAUCACACAGCACACUUUGAACAUGGAGUGUCUCCGUUUCCACUAUAAGCUAAAACAAAUCCUAAGGAGUGGGAAACCACCCUUUUCUACCUCCAAAAGCAUCUUUCCAAAAGACUUUUUUCCCCAGGUGAUGUCCGAGACAUUGCCUGUGCAAGAAGCUCCCAUCCCACCCUCCCCACGGAGCAGGAGCCCUUUGGGCCCUGCCCCCGGACACGUGGCCGAGCGGGCUCGGCUGCCACCGGCGAAGAGACUGGCGCAGGGACCCGUCUGGGGCUGCGCGGCUCCCUUCCACCUCAGCAAGCUCAAAUAUGAUAAUAAGCUAAAGGACUCGCGGGGGGACAUCGGCAUCAUCCUCGACGAGUACGCUGAGCUCAACAGGGUGAUGCUGAGCAGGGCUGAUGUGGGGACCGAGGGCCAAGGGCCGGUCCCGGCGCACAGGGACGCUGCGAGCGAGCGGUCGUGCGCGUCCCUCCCCGGGAGGAUGGCCGCCUUCGAGGAGAUGAUCCCAGACCUGUGCAGCACGCUGCGUUUCCACCUGCGCAGCGUGGCCAAGGAGGCCUGCGGCCGCGCCGGCAUGUUCUACCUGGUGGAGACGGGCAAGGACCCUUUCUUUGCAAGAGUGAAGACCUUGCUGAAGAAAGACGGCCGCGUGGAGAUCGAACCUCGGAGCUUCUGCGAAGCGAAACGCAGCCCGGACGCUGACAGGCUGCUCGUCGUCAUCAGGAACGAGGACAUUGCCUCGCACAUCCACAACGUCCCGUGCUUGCUGACGCUAAAGCACUGUCCGAACGUGGCGUUCGCCGGAGUGGACAGCCCCGAAGACGUAACGGGUCGCACGUACCAGGAGCUGUUUCAUACCGGCGGCUUCGUGGUGUCGGACGGCGAGGUGCUGGAAACGGUGACGCUGGGCCAGCUGAAAGAGGUGGCGAAGGUGCUGGAGAAGCUGAACAGAAGCGGGAGGUGGAAGUGGCUCCUUCACUACAAGGAGAGCAAGAAGCUCAGAGAAGACAUCAGGGUGGACGCCCGCAAGAAGCACUUAAUCCUCAAGUCGUGCCAAGGAGCCGGUCUCGUCGAGGUGCUGCACUACCACGCCUGCGACGCCGGGUCGUCCCCCAGAUCCGAGUGCGUCAGGUGCUUGUUGAACCUGCAGGUGCAGCACGCCAGCGCCCGCUUCGCCGUGUAUCUCACAGAGAAGCCCGGCAGCAGCAGGGAGGUCCUUGAAAGCAAAGGAAUCCUCGUGGCCGACGUCGCGACCUUCCUGGGGACGGUGCAGAAAGCGGCUGCCCCGUUUAGAAGAAGCUACUGGUAA